CACUAAGCCAGUUCUCAUCUACAAUUUGAGGGUCCAGAGCAUCACAGCUCAAAAUUUUCCCCAUAUUCCUCUGCAUAGGUCUCCCUCAGACACAUGGAUUGGAAAACCUGGGAAACAUUCAAUAGAACAGAUGAUGCAGUGACGGCCUUCAGCUGCACAGCAGGUUGUCCUCCUCCAAAGACAGCUCCAGGACAUGUACCAGGAGCACCAGACCUCACAGUUCUCCCUGCAUAUGUUGGCUCAGGUCUCCCUUGGGAUAACCCUUUAAAACAGGUGGGAAACCAUCAGCAGAACAGCAGAGGGUGCCAUGGCGGCCUUCAUCUGCACAGCAGGGGGUCGUCCUCCAAAGACAGCUCCAGGACAUGUAUCCAGAGCAUCACAGCUCAAAAUUUUCCAAGUAUUCACCUUCAUAGGUCUCUCUCAGAGAAAUUCAUUGCAAAACCUGUGAAACACUCAAGAGAAGAGAGGGUGCCUUGCCGUCCUUCAGCUGCACAGCACUGGGUUCUCUUCCAAAGACAGCUGCAGUACAUCAGGGUACACUGGCAGCCUUCAUCUCCACAGCAGGGGGUCCUCCUCCCAAGACAGCUCCAGGACAUGGUCUUGUUCCCGGGUUUCAUGGCCAGGCCCCUCAAUUGCACAACAGGGGAUGCUCCUUAUACAGAAAGCUCCCUAACUUGGAGAGUGAUUCUUGUGGAGCACGGAGGUCUCCCUUGGAAUAACCUUUUCAAACAGCCGGGAAACCAUCAGCAGAACAACAGAGUCCCUGGCCCUCAACCGCACAGGAUGGCAUCCUCCUUAUGUAGGAGUUUCGGAACACUGACAGUGAUUCCUGUGCAGCAAGAAGGGAAGUCCUCCCUAGAACAACACCUCCCCUGGUGGGAGGAGACAUUUAGAAAAUAG